AUGCAGGUUGGUGCCGAAGUGGCCGACAAUUUGGACAAGGUCGGAUCUGGAGCUGUGGUGGACCUGAGUUUGCCAAGGCAUGCUACCGAACUCGAAAGGGAGCGCAGCCGUGUUUGCUGCCUCUGCAAAGCACCGUCGUCUGCCACCAACCAUGUCUGCCCUGCUUGCCACGCCAGCGUCUGCUAUCCCUGUGCCCGCACCGAGCUUUCGGAGCGGCGCUGCCCUGCAUGUGGCGAUGCUGAGAAGAACUCAGAGCCUUUGGGGCAAUUCCUGGCUGCCGGCGAGGUCGGGCAUGCAACGCGUCGUUUUGGCACCACAUGUUGCCAACCUGAACUGCCUUUAAAGCACCCUCUAUCCCAAAUCUCCUUAAAACCGCCUUAA